ACAGCAGUACCCGCGUGUGUCAAUGGCGGCGGUCGCGCUUGCAGCUCUCGUGGAAUCUGUUUUGGACAGGAGCGGAGCUGAAGACGAGCCCAGAAGCACCGGCUCGGAAGAGGACGCAGGGAAUGCGCUGGCUGGGCCCCUCCGACUCGCCAAGCUGCCACUCUCCCGCAUAAAGGCCCUGAUGAAAGCUGACCCGGAUGUGAGUCUGGCAAGUCAGGAGUCCGUGUUCACAAUAGCCAAAGCCACGGAACUUUUUGUAGAAAUUAUCGCAAAGGACUCUCUUGUUUAUGCACAACAGGGAAAGAGAAAAACGCUACAACGAAAAGACUUGGGUAUUCUGGAUUGACAGGACCAGCUCAGAUAAAGACUGUUACCGAGCUCUGAAGGUCCUUUUUUUCGGUUUGUUUCAUUUGUUUCAUUUUGAAAUUGGUUUGUUCAGAAGUUGUGUGAUUAUUAAAGUUGGAAAGUGCUGAUUGUAUUUUUCAGUAUGAUAAGAUUCAUAUAACUGUGAUGUUUAAAUAAAA